AUGAAAAUAUAUGUCAAAGUAAAAUGUGUAUUAAUAUUCAUUGUCAUACAAUUUGGACACUGUGCUGAUAAAUAUAAUAAUUUAAAAUCAAGACCCAAUGAAGAAGAUGAAGAUGAAGAUGAUAAUUUUGAUGUUAUAGUAAAGGAAUUAGAAGAUUUGAUUGAAGAUGAUGAAGAUUCUAACACAUUAGUAAACGGGAUUAAAAAAAUGUUAAAACCGGAUCAAUUAGGAGAAACUGAACAACCAGAACCUGAAUCACCUUCUGUAAGUCAUUCUGAUUAUCCCACAGGAUCAACAUUUGGUCAAGUUGGUUAUAGUCCUUCUAUGGUACCAUAUAUACAACCCCAACCUGUAUUAUUCAGUCCUUAUGAAACAUAUCAACAAAAUUAUACAACUAGUACAAGUUAUGAAACUACUGGUACAGAAUCUACAACUGAUUCUGAAUAUGCUAUUGGAGUAAAUGAAAGAGUAUAUGGAUAUGGACCUGAUUAUCCCGGAUAUAUUUAUUAUGGAUUUGGUCCGCCUCAAUCAACAUAUCGAGAAUCUUUGAGAUAUACGACUUAUCCUAUGGAUCAACCAAUCCCACAACCAGUUCUGCCAAUACAACAUAUACAACCAUCUCCUAUUCAUUAUCAACAUCAAGAUGAUAUAACACCAGGUUAUAUUUUAUCUAGUCCUACUUUUAGCUAUGAACACCCAACACAUUUGGUUCAGGGUCAAUCAGGUUACUAUUAUGAUCUUUCUAGACCUACUAUACCAACUGAACAACAGUCUAUAACUAUUCAGGAUGAUAUUGAACCUGUUCAACAAACUGAAUCGGAACGACCAGAUCCUGAACGAGCUGAUUUACGCAAAGAAACAGAAACUGGAAAAGAAAAAGAACAUAAAACCAUAGAAUAUAUGAGAGAACCAAUAGUUCCUGAACUACCAUUUACCGCAAUUUACAAAUUAGAUCAUGAUAACAACUUAAUUUUAAUGACUUCAUCAGAUAUAGUUGUAACGGUUGAUACAAAUCUUUUUACAAGGGUUAAACUUCUAGAAAAAUGCGUAUUAGUUUUGGAUAAAGGCGAUUAUGUCUGGAAACAUAUAUCUGGUUUGGAUUUCCCAAUUGGAUUGGUUUACAAAAAACAAACAAAGAUGUAUAAUAUUAUUCUUGUAGAUAGGAUUUUAACAUUCCGACAAAAUGAUCGGAAGUGGAGGAUGAAAAAAUAUAUGAUACCAAAUAAUCUCAGGUUCUAUAGUGAAGACAAAGAUGGAAAUGAAGUAAAGCUAACAACUGAACACUAUGACGUUCAUCUUCUUGAAUGUAAUGUAUUCAGAUAUAUAAUUUUUGAGAGCUCAUUUUGUACCAAGAUUAUGUUUGAUAACGAUGUUAUAUGGGAAAGAAACAUUUUCAAACCUUACGUUAAAACGCUAACUCUCUCUGUACCAAUGAACAUUAUAAGAUUUUAUUUUCCAAAGAGAAUCUAUGAAUCUAAGUAUGUUAAUAACAAAUGGACAUAUGAUCUUGUUAAAAAGGAUAGAAAAUAG